CUUCUGCAUCGCCAGGAUGCACUUAACGGAACGUUUAUUUUCCAAGGCUUUGGGACAUUAUGUUUGACAGUUCAGCCCAAAUGUUCCAAAGUUCGUAAAACACAUUUGUCAGAGCACUGCCUCAUUACUUUGGUGUCGCUGUGCAAAGGCAGAAGGCCAGCUGAAGCAAAACAAGUGUUAUUUUUCUGUUGUGAUUAUCGUUUAUCGAGAUGAAACCGGUGAAAUUUGGUUGAAAUAAUACAGUGAUAGUUCGUUUGGGUGUCUUUUUCCGUUCCUGUAAACUUCACCAUUUACUGCUAAAGUAUCCGCUCAGGGGUUAAAGUGAUCUUUCGUUUUUGUAAAGUGUAUUGAACAUCGUAGCUGUACACGUCUGGGAAAAUUGUCAGCGAAUGUUCGACGAGGGGACAAAGUGCAAUUUCGGUGGGGCUAGAAAAAUUGGAAAAUAAAAACUACAACUUACGAAUGCAUUUUAACCCGAUACGCCAUUGAAGUUGGAAGUUGCUAGGGUGGAAAAUUACACGCUUCGUGUUGUCGCCUUUUGCACUCCCUCCUAGAUUGUUUGUUUAGGAGAGAAGGGAAGCUGGACGCUUGCAGGAACUGCGAAAGCGAACCAAACCAAAGAGUGACAAAGUGGAUUAUGGGUAUAGCGGAAGGGAUGAUGAGUUGGUGAAACUGCACGCACAAAGCUGGAAAUACGACUAGAGUCGGAGUAUACCAUACUCUAUACCCGUUGCGUAUGUUGAGUUUCCGUCGUGCAGCGUAAAAAGAAAGGCCAGUGCAAACAAAGUAGCACAACACGGGAAUGUCAAAUUGGAUCGAAUUUUGGUGUAAUUGAUUGACAAAUUGUGGUAGACGUUGUACAGCAUAAUAUUCAAGAAAUUACGAAACUCCCAGCUGAUGGAAUAAACCCGAUUUCUUCUGCAACGCGGGGUGUAAGCGGUGUAAAAUAUACCCAUCAUUCCAACGCCAACUAGUUCAGCGAUGUUACGACUAGUCAGAUAAUGAAAACGAUUGAUAGUCUGACUUCGUAACGAAGGAAAGUGAUCGCAUCGGACUUCCACACGGAAUCACGUAAAUCCGAACGCGGUGAAGCUAUUAAUUUGACCCCGAUUGCGUAAUCCAACGAUAAUAAGUGGCCUACGGAACCUUUUAUGAUACCUUGAAGUUGCCCUGCAAGCUACAUCCUCCUACUAGACGGACUACUGUGAUUAGCUAAAGUUCAAAAUACGAACUCAGCACAAUCAAAUCGUGCUGGUAAUAUCGGUGGAAGAUUCGCAAAUGCACAGUAGACCGAUUCGAUCGCAAGAUGUCGAUUGAGCAACGAUUUAAUGCAGCUGUAAACGUGAUCAGGGGACUGCCAAAGAAUGGACCGUAUCAGCCGAGCAAUGAUAUGCUACUACGAUUUUAUUCCUACUUCAAGCAGGCCACGAAAGGAAAGUGUUGUGAACGCAAACCGGCCUUCUGGGAUGUUAUUAACCGUGCCAAAUGGGACGCUUGGAAUCGGUUAGGUGACAUGGAGAAGGAAGUGGCUAUGCAGAAAUAUGUUGAUGAAUUGAAAAAGAUUGUUGAAACGAUGUCGUACACUGACAAUGUGGCCAACUUUAUGGAGUACAACAUGAGCGAUUUGGACAAUGUGAGCAUUCAGGAUUUGGAAAUGGUUGCGCCGGAAGCAAUUAAAAAGGCUCGCUCGCGCCCAAACUCACCAUUUGCAUCCCGAGAAGCCAGCCCGAAUCGGCUGUCGCCAGUCACACCUUCGCCUCCACCGAUGAUGUCCUCUCAGAAUGCACCGAUGGUGAAUGGGCAUGUGCAUAAGCCGAUGGCGAUCAAUGGAUACGCUCAUAACAGUAACGGUUAUCAUACCGGUCAGCAUCAACAUCACCUGACGAAUGGUGUUGUUUCGUCGACGAUGAGCAAUGGUGCCAGCUCUGGACCGUCCGAGUUAAGCGACGACGAGUACAUCGACACGUAUGAUGAUGACUUCGAAAGCGAAACAACCGCCGUGUUCCGUCCGAUUGAGGCUGUCAACCAUGUCCAUUACUAUCAGAAUGGUUUAUCCAAUUCGGUAGGCAACGGGAUGCCCUUGGUUAAUGGUGGGGGAACGUUCCUACACGGGUCAGAAGGAGCGGGACACCUGCGAAAUGAUGUGGCCGCUCAGAUUUCACGAACGAUCGAACGACUGAAUAUCAGCGUACAGCAAGUUAAUAAUCGUGUGAGCGUAAUUGAACAAUCCAUGGCUGAAUUGCGAGAACAGCAACAGCAACAAGUCGCAAAAAUGCGCGCUUCCUCUGUGCGGUCGUCACGGCCCAACUGGUGGCCUUUUGCUGAGAUUUCGCCGGGGCUGUUAGCAUUCGUCAUACUUUGGCCGUUGGUGAUUAAUCGAAUAACUGGCAGCUGGAUUCAGAGAAAGAAUAACUGAAAAUGUGUGAAAUUUAAAAAUAUCGUCGAAUCCGACACAUGUUGCUAAUGCUUUACAGUCGGACGCCAAUCGUAUUGCUGGAACAAUAGAACAAAAAAGGAGUUGUGAAUAGUAAUAACGUUUAUCCACACAUUGCAGCGUUUUUAUUCGCUUAGUAAGUAGUCAUCUUAACCAGUGCAAACACACUAUGGCGCCGUAGCAAGAUUAGCCAAUACCAUUUGAUGUUUCGUUUUUCGCAAGACCAAAUUCCAAUAUUCUGCCACGCAAUGACUUGCACGCUUCCGACGAUGGAUAACAAUUUAAAGCAAACAGAAGCGUGCACGGAUCGUCCUCUUUAAGCAAAUACAGUUUUUCGUUUGUAAAUCUGACGAAAUAGAUGAAAAUAACAUUCCACUACAUCCAAUGAUGAUGUACGGAAACGUUAAUAGUUUCUAUCGACGAGAAGCUAGCAGUAAAGUAACAAUGUUACUGUAAAGCCUGAUAAUUUAUCUGUGUCUCAACACCACUAUGUAAUCGCCGAAGAAUAAGUGCAAUUUUUAUGUAAUUUGUUAUUACUGUGCUGACUAUAAUAUAGCAUAUACAGUUAUAUUGUGCUGUUUAUAAAUCGAUA